AACGAAUAUAUUAAAACUAGAGGAAAGUUUCCACCAUAGCUAUUUGCUUACUCGUUCAUCUCGUUUCCUACCUACUUUUUCUCAGAUAACCCUUGAGUUCACCUCUGAUCACAUACCAGACAACAGUCUGUCCUCAAAGCAAAACUCUCACUCACUCACCCAAUACGACCACGUACCAGCAGCUCCGUUCCUCUUUCCUUUUCAUCAAUUUAGGUAUUUUCUAAUUUCCUCCCUUCUUUUCACUCUUAAUAAUUUCCAUUUUUUAUUGCUAUUGUUAUUGUUAUUGUUAUUAUUAUAAUAUUUGAUUGCUGGCCAAUAUAAAAGGAGUCCCUAAAUUAUUCUCGCUAUUUAACGCGUUUACGGGAUUUUGGAUCUCCUAAACCCUAAUUGUUGGUGCUGGAAUUAGCUUAUGCAUUGUUGCAAUUAUGUUUUUACUUGUUCUCUAUUACAGAAUUGUUAGAAAGAUUAACUGUUUGUUCAGUUUUGUGCUUUCUGUUUCCUUUUCUUGUAAACUUGAUUGUAAUUAUGGUUCAUAAUUGAUUGUUAAGAGGUUAGGGUUUGAGGGUGUUUCUUUUUGCAUUCCAUGUGGCAUUGAAAUGUUUAGCUUUUUUAGGUAUAUUUAGUCUUAAAUCUCAUAAGAAAAAUUUCGUGAAUACUUUUGUUUGUUAAUGUAAGUGCCUUUUCACUAUUUUAAAUUUGUGAAAAACCCAAUACCAUUCAAUUUACUUCAUGUUGUUAUAUAUUCAUGAGCAGUAAUAACAUAGCAAAUUAAGAGCAAUAUCUCCCUACACCGCACUACAGAACUCAUAUCUAUUAUUCUUCUGUUAAAGAAUUGCUUACUAGACAAAAUAGAAUGAAUAUAGAAAUGCUGCUACGUACUUUUUCAACUUCUGUUUCAGUUAGAGGAUUGCUGUUUUAGUUUCUUGUGUAUUCUUUUUCCUUCUCAUUCUGGGUAAUCAUUCUUUUAGGCACAUGUUUGUACUUGUGAUGGAAAAAUAAUAAAGCUGGAUUGUUUGGCUUGUGAAUUGGAGAAAGCCAUCUGCUUUACUUGACUUGCCUGUUUCAGCAGCCUUACUACGGCAAAGGCUGACUCAGCACACAUAGCUGUAUAGCUUGCCUGCUGCACAUAUAGAUGCAGCACUUUACUAUUGCAAGAGAUAACUAUAGCUAUACUGGAUAGACUUCGUUGUUGGUCUAAUUGUGCCGAGUCUCUUGUGUACUGUGAUACUUAGUUUUGACACCUAGAGAGGUGUUUCACUAUUCAUUUUGUGCUGCUUUACCGUGCACCUGCUCUAACAUCUUUAAUAUAUCUAUUAAUAUACUUAUGAGCAAACAUUGAGGCGUAAUUAAACUCUAUAAAUUAGAACAAGGGGAUAACCACCCUUACUCAACUUCCUUCUCUUCUUUUCCCUCCUUCGCUCCCUAUUUCAUCCUCCCAACUGCCAAACACACUGCAAAACAUCAACUGUUUCUCUCACCCCCUCUUCCUCACUCUCUCUGGCUCAGUGACCUUCCUUCAAGCUCGUUUUAACACUUCUAGUUCACUGUAUAGAACACCAAAAGGGACCACAUGUCUAAAUCCUAAUUCCCGAGUGAUAUUUUUCUAAAAUUAAUAUAAAAUAUCAAUUUUGAUAAUCUGUCAUAUAAGUAUCCACUAAAAGAAACAGGAAAGGAAAGAAAAGCAAUAAUGUCUGAAAAUGAUGGAGAAAAGAAAGUGGCUGAUAGGUAUCUAAAGCGCGAAAUACUGGGUGAAGGUACUUAUGGAGUUGUCUACAAAGCCAUUGAUACUAAGACUGGACAAACAGUUGCAAUUAAAAAAAUUCGGCUUGGGAAGCAAAAGGAAGGGGUUAAUUUUACUGCACUUAGAGAGAUUAAACUGCUUAAAGAGAUUAAAGACCCAAAUAUCAUCGAGUUGAUUGAUGCAUUCCCCCACAAGGGGAACUUGCAUCUCGUGUUUGAGUUCAUGGAGACUGAUCUUGAAGCGGUCAUUCGUGAUCGAAACAUUUUCCUUUCACCAGCUGACAUAAAGUCUUACUUUCAAAUGACAUUGAAAGGAUUGGCUGUUUGCCACAAGAAAUGGGUUCUCCAUAGGGACAUGAAGCCAAACAAUUUGUUGAUAGCUCCUAAUGGACAGCUCAAACUUGCAGAUUUUGGUUUAGCUCGUAUAUUCGGAAGCCCAGAUCGCAAGUUCACUCACCAAGUCUUUGCUCGAUGGUACAGAGCACCUGAGCUGUUGUUUGGCACCAAGCAAUAUGGUGCUGGGGUUGAUGUUUGGGCAGCAGCCUGUAUUUUUGCUGAACUGCUCCUCCGCCGACCAUUUCUGCAGGGAAGUAGUGACAUUGAUCAAUUAGGAAAGAUUUUUCAAGCUUUUGGCACUCCAUCACCUUCUCAGUGGCCCGAUUUAGUAUACCUCCCUGAUUAUGUGGAAUACCAAUCUGUUCCUGCUCAGCCUUGGCGUAAAUUAUUCCCAAUGGCUAGUGAUGAUGCUUUAGAUCUGUUAAUAAAGAUGUUUACUUAUGAUCCAAAAGCUAGAAUUACAGCAGAACAGGCAUUAGAGCACAGGUAUUUCUCAUCUGCACCUCUGCCUACAGAGCCGGCAAAACUCCCUAGACCUGCCCCGAAGCGGGAAUCUCUUAAUUCUAGGGCUUCAGAUUUUAAUCCACUCGAGGGACCUACUGUGUUGUCUCCUCCAAGGAAGACAAGAAGAGUGAUGCCUGAACGUGAGGGAUUUGCGGGAAAUGCAUAUCAAGUUGAUAAGAAUGAUGAACAUGGUGAUGUCAAACAGGCAGCUGGGAAUUACACAGGCAGGAGUGAGCAGGCUCCAAUGUCAAUAGAUUUUUCUGUCUUUGGAUCAAGGCCUAUGAGCAGACCAACAAUUAACAGUGCUGACAGAUCCCAUUUAAAGAGGAAACUAGAUCUUGAAUUCCAGCACCCAGAAUAGAUACUGUUAACAUUACUAAUUUUUACUGGAUUUGGCAGUCGAGGAUGUAAUGUUCACUGAGCAAGCAGUUAUGAGGUAAUGAUGUUACUAAUGAGUUUGUUGUAAUUAUGCGGUAGUAUGUCCCAUUUUCUAAAGUGGGGAGCAAGAGUUUUUCUUGGCUUUUUUUUUUUUUUUUUUUUUUUCACUCAGUUACUACAAGGAAGAUUAUUAUCUUUUCACAUGUUUGAAGUCGUGUCACAAAAUAUUUGUCCAAAAAGUGCAAAUAGAUAUUGUUUUCCUCAAUAUUAACAGAAUUUGGUUUCUAGUCCAGAAUGUAUGGAAGUAUUUCUAAAGAGAGUCACAAUAUGUAUGCUUGAGAGUGAGUGUUUGACCUGCAGCUUGCGGUGCUCAAGCUCCAGUGUAAAUCAUGUUUUGGUUUGGUCUAGAUUGGACAGGUUUUAAUGAGGAUCCAAUGGGUUAUUAUUUUCUUGUGUAUUUGUCAGACCUUUUUCUGAUGGAAUUUUGCUAUUCAAUUAUAAAUGUUCUAUUCUUAUGAUGAA